CGGGGUGUGGGCGGAGCCUUAUGGUUAGGCUGGACGGGUGUUUAUCAGAAGCGAGAUCGAGCUUCUCAGGUUUUAACCACGCAGUGCAUAAAGUAAACCUGGUCUAUGAGAGAAUGAAGGAACGAUAUCAGCGGGUAUGGAAAGUGCUGUUUAUAGCAUGUAGAAAAUAAAGCUAAAACUUUUAACGUUAAAUAAUUUGAGAAGAUUACCGAAGAACCUCCGUGCUGCUUCUGAUGGUCAGCGAUGUCACUUCAGAAGGAAGCAAAGAAUUGAAUGCCCGCCCGUGGACAUUCCGUAAACGAGUGAACCAUUCGGUUAACGGGACGUUGCGUCAUACUGGAGUUUUUACAUAGGCUACGCGAAUGCCGUGAGUGAUGGCAUGGCAGAAUGCUAAGCUGCAUUUUCUUUUACUACUGAACAUGUGGAUAUGCUCUCAAGGCUUGUUCGCAUUUGAAGUGGAUGUAAACUGCUGGUGGAAUCAAGCCCUUCCUGUGGAUCGCGAUGUGUCUGUUUUGUGCCAUACAAGUGCACAGGGAAGAGCAUACAAGUGUGAUCUCUGCCAACUUCAUGUUAUCACGUCGGGGCACCAGUUAACCAGCACAUGUGCCAACUCCACUGAAACCUUCAGCUUUUCUAUUCCAGUAGAGCAUAGAGAGCACAUUAACUGCUCAUGCAGUGGAAGUACCUGCAAUGUGAAAGCACAAGGAGGCUAUCCACCGUCUCCCCCAUCCCACCCUAAUUGUGUUAUCGAAGACCUGGUUAAAGAAGAUAUUUAUUGCUCCUGGACUAUAUCUGAUGAGCCGAUGAUUACAACUGUGUACACUCUUCAUUGGCAAGAUUAUGAAGGGAACGUAAAUUCUGCAGAGAGUGAUUGUGAAAUGGCCAUCAUUAACCGUGACAAGUACACAAAAGGCACUCAGAUGACAGUAUGGGUCACUGCUAGAAACGUUUUGGGUUAUGCGCGGUCUGAAGAAUCUGUCUUCAACACAGGCCAUAUCAGGCGGCCAGACCCCCCAUACAAUAUGACCCACAUGUUUACACCACUGGAAAUCUUCUGGGACAUGGACUGUGACAUUAUGGGCACAUUAGAUGAGUGUCACGUGCAAUACCACAUGCAAAAUCACAUGCUAGACUGGACCGAGGUGGAUGAUUGCCAGAGCAUGUUUCGAAUAGAGGAUCCACAGCCGUUCACUCAGUACAGUUUUCGCGUUCGCUGCCACUGUGGACAUGAAGAGAAAGUCAUGAGUAACUGGAGCUCAGUGUAUUCAGUGCGCACGCCUCCUGCAGCUCCAGUUGGACAGCUGGAUGUUUGGAGUGACUGCGCACCUAAUUCUGACAAAUCAUCUUGUAACGUUUAUUGGAAGGAAAUGCCCCUGUCUCAGGCUCGAGGGGAAGUUACGAGUUAUAUUGUAACGCUGACGCUUAAAAAUGGCACUGAGAUUAAGCAGGUUGCGAGGCAGAAGAGAGACGCUGGAAACCAGCAUCGCACUGAACACAGCUGCCCACAGCUCAGACACUUCCCUUUAAAACCCAGCGUUGUGGGGGUUUUUGUGUCUGCCAGCACCUCAAUGGGCACAUCCGACCCCACACUCAUGCCAUUUCCUGAGAGGGAACAGUCUAUACCUGAGGUGCAUCUGAAUGUAAGGAGUGAGAAGCAGGCUUUGUUGGCCUCAUGGUCUGUUCAGCCGGAGUUAUCUGAGCGCGUCCUGCAGUAUGUAGUCCAGCACGUGUCUGUCGCACCUGACCGCCCGUGCCUGAACUGGCUGAGAGUAGACAGAACACAGAGCUCUGUCACACUCACAGGUGACUUUAAGGACUACAUGGCGUAUAAUGUGUCACUCUUCGCCAUCUUUAACAACCACAGCACUUUCCUCAAUUCAUCUAUUGCAUACACUCGUCAAAAAGUUCCUCCUAAAGUUUCAGUUAUCCAAGUGACGGACAUUUCUCACUCGUCUGUGACUCUGACAUGGAGCCCCAUCCCUGUGAAUGAGAGCAAUGGUGUCAUCCUGCAUUACUUAGUGGGCAUCAACGAGACAGCUUUAAUGUUUAACGUGAGCAGUGCCAGGACAAGUAUACUUCUGUCAGACCUGCAGCCGUCCCGGCAGUAUCAGGCCUGGGUGAGCGCAGUGAGCGAGGCCGGUGAAGGCCCGAGGAGAUUCACCACCUUCUCUACCAGUGACAAAACCAAUGUUGUUAUAUAUGUGGUGCCCACACUGACAGUCAUGGUGGUGAUUGGCCUGAUAUUAGUGUUUAUGUUGUUAUCUUACUGUCACUGUUUUGAGAAGAUUCCAGAUCCAAUAAACAGCAAAUCAUUUAAACACAUGAACUUACAGUAUGUGUGGCCACUGCUCCGUUCUUCGUCAGAAAUCAAUCUGAAGAUCUCAGAGCUGGAGAUCAUGGAGAACCAGCAUCUCAGUGUCCCGUCCCCUCCUUUAGAGACUGAACCGGAGAAUGACAAUCAACUGGACAGAACGACUGAAGGUGGAGAAAAGUGGUUGAAAGGCCCUGAGGAAUCAAACAAAGGAAACACGAACCCUGACUACAGUGAGAUGGUGGAUACUGACGAAGACGAAGAGGAGGGUGGUGUGUUUGAUGAAGAGUGGGGGAAUUCUGUCUCGGACUAUGAAAGACAUUUCAUGCCGUCUAUUGAGGUCAUUUAACUCUGAUAUCUAAUACCUCAGGGGAUCUGCUCUGUACUGUGGUGUCUUAUAGGGACAGUUCUCACAAAAUUGAAAAUUCUGUUUUGAAAAUGUCCAAACCUGUUUGAGAUCUUGAACGCAACAGAAGAUAGACAAUAAUAAUAUAAUAGACACGUUAUGUUAGCUGACCAAUCAGAGCCUCCUGAAGGCGGGCCUUUCGGAGGAACUAGGAAAUAUGAUAGUCGUUUUCAUAUUAGCUGUGCAGCUGUAUAUAAUCUAAGAUAUAAAAAAAAUAAUCAGAUUUUCUACAAAUAAAUGUAUGAACACACAUUGCCUUAGCCACCAAGCCUCAAAAAAAUACACUCUGGACUAGAGGUCUGCAUUUCCGAAUAAAUCGCGGGAGCGGUCGGUAACGGGUUUAAUUUGGGACGGGAGCGGGCUGUCUAGCAAUAUCGCGGAU